UUAGGCAGUUAGGCGUCGGGAAUUCCCAGAAGUAAGUACUAUUUUUUCUCGGCUCUCGUAUUUGAAGCGCGUCUGCAGCGGCGCCUCCAAUCGCAAAUGUCUAUUGCGUUUCGUGGAAAAGGAUAUGGCGAUGGCUACUGAAACCCUCAACCCCUUUCAAAAUGGUGGGAGUAUUGAAUGUUGCGGUAAUUGCCGGGAUGAAUCAUCGCGAUAUUUGGACACAGGCAAUGGUUCUGCUGGGCAAAUGAGCGUACAUAAACAGCAUCAUUUAUACGCGUGUAAGCCGUUGCGGAGUUUGCCAAAACGCCAUUCCUCAACUGAUUCUGGAUAUGUUUUGGAUACAAUUGACGAGUGUUGUUGCCAUUGUAAUGGAAAAUCAACAGGUAGUGAUAUUGGAAUUGCGAUGUCAAGGAAUUCAUCAGGAAAUGAUAUGCACUUACCAGCCAAUGGAUCGGAAAAUGCAAUAAGAUGGCCAGAUGAAAAACAUAUUUGUGGCUGUGGGUAUGCAAACUCACCGCGUGAUAUGGCAGUAGUGCCAAAUGACACACAAUGUUCAUGCUCGAAAAGCCAAAUGAAUUGUAGCCCAGCGAUUUAUGGCACUACCUCGCUAACAUGCGGAUCAAAAAACCUGUCAUCACCGAGCAAAUCUGCGAGAACAAGAAGCAAAUCAGAAAGUUGCUGUGAUUCCGAAUCUACAGUUUUCCCGUCACGAAGGAGUGAUGCAUACUUAUUGCAUAAUGGGUCACCAACUCAUGACAGCUACUCUGUAGCAAUGACAAAAGAUGAAUGUCAAACAGCCAUGCCACGAGGCAAGAAACGUCGCUUUCCAAUGCCAUACAAAUUAAUGUGUAUACCGCUAAUCAUCUCCGCGACGGCAAUAGCAUUACACUUUUACAACUUUUCAAGACUACAAGAGUUGGAAAAUAAGAUUAAAAUCUUCGAAAAGAAUGAGAGUAAAAACAAUAUCUCGCCAAAAGCAGCUUUCUCCCACGCGGGAAUGAUGAUGCGAAAUAGUGGACAUAAAGAGGAUGAUGUCCGUCCACACGCUCAUUUGAUUUUAAAACACGAAGAAAAUAUUGCAUUGACCGAAUGGAGUCAACACAUUCUAGCAUGGACACCGCAUAUUGUAGAAGGACAAACAUCCCUAAAAUAUGAUGAAAAAAAUCGGUGCCUAACCGUAUAUGAAACCGGCAUUUACUUCGUAUAUAACCAGAUUUAUGUUCAUCGCCACCUCAAAGAACCUUCCAAAGGUAUGACAGGUGUUUCUAACCACACGAUGUUUCACACAAUAUUCAAUAAACCGUUCAAUUAUCCUUCCGAUCGAACUCCAAUGGUCGUUACAGAAAGUAGUUUGGGUCAUUGCUGGAAUGAAAAUGCUGACACUCAGAUCCAUACAUCGUAUCAAGGUAUUAUUGUAAAAUUGCAAGUGAACGAUCAACUACUUGUUGCAUUGAAAGAUUUUAAUGAUCACGUGGACCAACUCGAUCCAAAAUCAACGUUCUUUGGUGUAUUCAAGCUAUAAGUAUAUCACCAAUCCAGCAUGAGCAAUACUCAAGUCCCAUCUAACAAGCUUGAGUUACACACAUGAAAAAUCUGUUUUAACUACAGAUAAUGGUGGGAUUUUAGUUGUACAACAGCGGUAUAACCAGCGUCAUUACUGAUAACUGAGCAAUACGAACAAACUCUUAGACAAACAACAAACUCUACAACAAAGAAAUUUCCAUAAUCGGCCCUCAGGCAAACUUGCUUUAUUAGUAUAAACAGAUGGAGACAAUAAACCCAGACAGUAUUUGUAAGCUAUAAAUUAAUAACAACCAACGUUCUUAGUUAAACCUUAGACUGUUGGACUUUAGACUAAUAUUAAAAGUGAAACACAAUCAUAUGUAAUUGCUUUAACCUGGUUAUUUUGCUUGGUCAUGAAUGGUAUAUAUAUAGACCUUGUUAUUGCGUGCUAUAUUCAAGCAUGGUCAAUACUUUUCAAUAAUUUAUCUUAUAUAAACAUUACAUACAAUUCUCGGCAGAAUAGUUAAUUAUUAACUAAUCUGAAAAGUUAGAUAUUCAACCAAACAGAAUUUCAAAAUACAAUCAUGCGAUGUUUUUUUGCUCAGUCCAUUUGCAGCGCAGGGCCAGAAAUGACUGUGUGUCCCGCGGUUCAAUGUUAAAUAUUAACUACUCCAUGUAUCAUAGAAUUCUUGGACUUAAGUCAAAUACUAUGACUUAGGAAUCGAUGUUCAAAUAUUUAUUGAGCACACACAAACAACAAUAACAAUCCUAGCCAAUAUGUUAUGUUCAUAUGCCGUUAGGAAAACAUUUGUUGUGUUUCAAUGUACAGAACUGUGAAGGCUGCCAAAAAAGAACGAAUUCAAAUAAAAAAGAUUUUAAGAUAACUGACUUUAAAGGUGUAUAACCCAUCUUUCCUUGCUACAUCAGAUUUUUAAUUAGAAUCAAGUAUGAAUGCUUGAUUACAUGCAAACAUUAUUUAAACGACCGUUAUCCUUAGUCUGCAUAUAAAAAAUAUCUUUCCAAAAUUUGCUUAAAUAAUGUUGUGAGCAAAUGAAUAGUUCUCACUCAUUAGCGAAGUUGUGAGAAAGUUUGAAUCGGCAGAUAAAUUUACGUAAAAUGUUUUAAUGUGACAUGAUUUAGUCAUUGAAAUGGUAUUUAUUGCAAAUAUGAGUUAUGAAUUGCCAAAAUUCAGGGUUGACGACAAUUCAAUUCUGCUACGAUGCCUGUUUAGAUAUCACAAAAUCAGUCAAUGACAUCUUAGUCGUCGAUCAAUGCGUAGAAUUGAUUUCUGACUUAUAUAGUUCGUGAAUGAGAUACCGUUGUUGUCGUAUAUUUUCAUCAAUGCAAUUUGUUUGAGAUCUGCGUGCCUUUGAAGCCUAUUUUUAUAUAACACAUUUUGAUGGGUAGUUUCUCGUGCCAUAUUUUUCUAAUUUUGUAUAUUUUUCAUUUUAAUCCUUUUUUUUGCUAUUUGUUCCAUUAAGUUCAACGCUUCUUACAUUAAUUUGCUACAUUACACGAUUAACAAUUCCUACAAUUCCAAUUUUAUAAACGGUGAAAAGAAUUAAUGACUUACUAGCUGAAAACCGAAAACUUUUACUCGAUGCUUUUUAUUACCACAUUCGAUUUUUUUGGCAAAUCUUUUUCUAGUUAUUCAUGAACUGUGAACGGAGUCAAGAGUUUCAUAUCCGAAUAAAUUUAUUUUUAAUAUCCUAUAAUGAGCCAAAGACACUAUUUCGGGUCAGUUUAUUUUUUUAAUUUUUAUCACGCGAUUAUCUGAUAAUGAAGAUUUAAUUCUCUUGUGUGAUUACACUCAACUAACUCAUAUACAUUUAUACUUCCUUUAAUCUGUUUCUCCUAACACGAUUUUUAUCAAAACGAAAUCAGCAAACGUAUCUUUUCACCUCAUUUUAAUAUAUGUGUUGAUUAGACUGGUCGCACAUUUUUUGUGUCAACCCAAAAGUGCCUU